CAGGGUUGGAGUUCAGUUGCCCCGGGCAGGACUUGCUUGCUUGCAGGGACACAGGAAUAACUGCUGCACACGACAGUGAUACAUUGCAGUUCAUUCUCCCCAUGGAAGAAAUUGAAGCCAGAGAAGCCUGCGACUGGCUGAGAGCUGCUGGUUUUCCCCAGUAUGCCCAGCUAUUUGAAGAUAUGCAGUUUCCUAUUGAUGUAAAAACUGUGAGGAAAGAUCAUGAAUUUUUAGAUGGAGAUGCGAUUGAAUCACUAUUCAGAAGAUUGAACACAUUGAACAAGUAUGCAUCAAUGAAAGUGGAAAUAAGCUGUCAGAGGAAACAGAGUGAUGAUUCCGAAGAAGAUGAACCCUGUGCAAUAAGUAACAAAUGGGCUUAUGAGAGGUGCAGUCAGAGAUGGUCUCGUAUCGAGAGCCUAGAAGGUUUCCCAGGAGAGGAAGGUGCUAGUGCAUCAGUCCCAGGCAGCCCAAUACUGAAGAGCAGCAGCAAUGAGGCUACUGUCUUUCUGGAUCAUGGCGAGAAACAUGAUGUAUCCUCAAUUCACAGUACUAGCAGUGGUGACAGUGAUGUUGUUAGCUUCCCAAAACCUUUUGAAGAUGUGGAAAACAGCACGAGUUCCCCAAGGUGUUCCUCAAUUAAGGUGCCUUCACCAGACUCUACUUUUAGUUGCUCUCCUCCCCCCAGUGAUUUUUUAAAUACCACCACUGAGGAGAAGCUUUUUGAUAAAUCACCAUAUAAAAAGAGGAAGAGCCUUCUAAAGAAAAUGGAGAAGUUGCACUUAAGGAGCUGCAACUUAAGGAGUGGUCAGCCAAAGGCCAAACCCAUAAUAAGUGAACCUGUUCUUCUGGAAGGACUUAAUGAAGAAAAGAUGAAGAUGCUGAACUGUAUAAAUAUUUCUGACCUCUCUGGUGUCCAAACAAAGAACAUUUCUUCCUUUUCUCCCCAGAGUUGCAAUAGCAGCAAUCAGUCUGAAAAUAGCAGCACAGUGAGCGCUCCAAGUCCAGUUAUAAAACCACAAAGCCACUGUGAAGGAAGGGGGGUGUAUGCAGAGGACUUGGAUUCUAACAAGCUCUUGCUGUGGAAUGACCUCUCUCAGCCAAAUCUAAAAAAUGACAUGAAGUUACGAGUGAACCAGAUGUUUGAAAUACCACAAGGCCAUAAACCUGGCACUUUCCCUAAAGCACUUACAAACUGUUCCCUGUCUCCAAUAGACAACUCUUCCAUCAACUGGCGGACUGGGAGUUUUCAUGGGUGCAGAAGGAGCCAGAGCAGAAGCAAUUCCAAGGACUCCAAAGGCCCCAGGAACCCCCUUUCAUGCACAGAUAACAGGCUAAGUGUAUAUGACAACAUGCCCAAUGUUGAACUUGAUCAGCUGGAGGCAAUAGAAGUUGGUGAUGAUGAUGUUUUUACAGAAAUGAACAAUGUUAUAGAAGAUGUCAAUGGUCUCAAAAAGUUGGUUGAGCAGUGGACAGAGAAGUUCUCAGAUGAUGGGGAUUCAGACUUUGCCAGUGACUUGACCUCUUUGUAUCCAUCCCCACCUAAAGAAAUCUGUCUUGAAACAGAGGGCUCAACAGCAAACCUCCCAACCCCUAAGGGAGAGAGCAGCUGUGAACUAGGCAAGGAGUUCACUUCUGCAGACCUGGCAUACACGACAGACUCUAAAAAGACCAACAGGCAGGGGAAGCAACAUGGAUCUGUGGAAGAGAACGUGAACUUGGAAAGCCUUUCCAUCCAGACUGAUAGCCAGUCAGCUGCCCAGCUAGCCCGGACACAAAAGCUGGCUUUGUUGAAACUCACUGCUUUGAUGGACAGAUACUCCCCUUCCAGUAAGCAGGGCUGGAACUGGACUAUACCAAAGUUCAUUAAAAAAACAAAAGCCUCUGACUACAAGGACAAAAAUGUCUUUGGGGUUCCUUUGCUUCUGAAUGUUCAGCGAACAAGCCAUCCACUGCCUAACGGCAUACUGCAAGCACUGGACUAUCUAAGAAGCCACUUUCUUGACCAGGUUGGCCUGUUCCGAAAAUCCGGUGUCAAAUCCAGGAUUCUGUCUUUAAGAGAAAUGAAUGAAACCAACCCAAACAACGUAUGUUAUGAAGGGCAGUCAGCGUUUGAUGUGGCUGAUAUGGUGAAGCAGUAUUUCCGAGACCUUCCUGAGCCUAUAUUUACUAGCAGGCUCUGUGAAUCCUUCCUCCACAUCUACCAAUAUGUGCCAAAGGAUCAGCAGUUUCAGGCUGUCCAGGCUGCUAUUCUCCUUCUCCCAAAGGAAAACCGAGAAGCUUUGAAAAUCCUCCUGUUCUUUCUACGAGAUGUGGUUGCAUUUGUUGAGGAAAACCAGAUGACCCCAACCAACAUUGCUGUCUGUCUUGCACCUUCUUUGUUUCACCUGAACACCCUGAGACGGGAUAGUUCCUCCUCCUCCACUAGAGCUAGUCAGAGGAAGUGCAGCUUGGGGAAGCCAGAUCAGAGGGAGCUGAGUGAGAAUCUGGCAGCAACGCAGGGCUUGGCCCACAUGAUAAUGGAGUGCAACAGACUCUUCCAGUUACCUGACUGUUGCCUUGAUCAGGUCACUAAUGACUUCCAUGAGACAAGCAUCCUAAGCACCAGGGCCUUGCACUGCUGGGCUGGGAUGAGACUGCCUGGCUCCCUUGAGAGCUCUGGGCUUUGCUGAGAGAUGCCAGAAGAUGACAUCAAAAGCUGUGUGAUCUGCUCAGGGAACAGCUACAUCCUCUGCACAGGCUUAAUCCCCAAGAUGUCAAAUCCUUUGGCCAUGACGGUGGCAGUGGCUUCGCACAGCAGCAGCCUCCACAUGUUCACCUUCACGAUCUGGCCUGCAAAACACCAAGGGAGGAGCUGGAGCACCUGCUCAGAACAGCUAAUGCUGUCUUCCCGAGGGGAAGCCCAUCUGCCCACAAACUGGCCCCGGGGCUGGGCACACUGAGCCCCAUCCAGUUCUCCCCAAGCCAGGCAGACUGAUGAGCUCUCCUGUUUCCAGGUGCCUGGUUGCUCACAACUCUCUUCUCAACCCUCCUGCUUCACAGGAUGGUGACACAGGCUGUGCCAGCCACCUUCAGUACUCCCACAUGGACAGCAUUUGUUCUGCAGCAUCAAGUAGUGUGACAAUGGCCUUCCCAGCACAGGGAAACACCCCACAGAUUGCCUGUACCGUGGUGUGUGACACAGGCACAUGCAGCACCCCAUGGCCAACACUCACCACUCUGCCUGUCCUUCUCAACGCAGUAGCAGUUGUCGUAGAACUCGGUGAAGGUAGUGGCCAGCUCAUAAAGGUAGUCACAGAGCGUGUGCAAUAACAAGUCCUCCAGGAUCUUCUGCAGGAUCUCAGGGAACCUCAGAAUGCACUUGCCCAGUUUCCACUCCUUCUCAUGGUCAAGGAUGAGCACCUCCUCCCUGGCUGCCUUCCGCAGCAUCUGCUCAUCAAUAUUGGCCAGGCGAGCAAUAGCCCUGGAAUGAUCCAAACCACAGUCUGCUUGUGAGGGUCCCACAGCUUAACCUGCCUCAGGGCCAGCCUGCAGCUGGUCACGUGUCUGGCUGUUAUCAGGACCACCACAGGCCACCCGCUGAUCUCCUUGCUCACCAAUCCUGGGUUACCAGGCUAGAAGAGAGCAAUCAGCCCUGGGAACGCCUGGGGAGGUGCUGCCCUCAGAGCGAUCCAACCAGGCACUGCAGAGGAAGAGGGAGGGAUGUGCUCUGGGCACAGGUGUCAGCAAGGACAGCUGAUGCUGCCAAGCAAACCAGGGCUCAGGAUGCCACAAAAUCUGUGCGGGGUAUGGCAACACCUGAGGUGAGAAGCUGCUGGAACAAAGGAUCACCCCUCUCCAACCACCUAAAACCUCUAAUGGCAUUACCAGACACUCCUAGAGUUCCCUCCCUGAUAGCUAAAAGCCCAGGAUGCACGUUGCAUGGAAGAGCCCUGUUUCAGAUAGCAGAGGACACCAUUUCCAAUGACAAAUAAAAUCUUGCCUAUGGCACAUACUGGUGUAGCUGGCUUCUCUUACCAUCUACCCCUUAACAGCACUAAGUCACCCCUUUCCUCACAUGUUCCUUUGCGAUAAAGAUGCAGAGAGCACCAGAGACCAACUCCAAGCAACUCCCAGCACACUCAACCUACCUGAUCCGUGUAAAGGCAUACAGCAAAUAUGCAGCUGUGUUUCCUCGGUCAUCUAGCAUCUUGUCGAAGGAGAAUACGUAAUCGUUUAGUCUGUUGUGGGAGAGAUCUGCAUAUUUAAUACAUCCAAAAGCAACUGACGUCUGGGCAGCUUUCAGCUCUUCUGCUGUGAGGACCUGUUGCAAUUUCAAAACAGGUAACACUCAUGAGGAAGAGUGCUAUGUUGGCAUCACAAACCACAACACACAGCCUUGGCCACUCAACAUGGGUCAAGAGGAAAGCCCAGGCUGCUGAGGGGAUUUUACCCAUGUGGUACUCAGUGAAAGGCUCACACCCACUUUCCCACCUCAAGACCACAGAUAACCCCCACAUCCCCCCCUCACUUCUGCAAUCAAAUGGCACUGCAGCUCUGCCCAUGUUAAUGCUGACACCGCAGUCCAAACACUCACAAAACCCCUCUCUGGUGGAUCAGCACCCUGUCAGCAUGGCAAAGCACAUUGUGUCUGACUCAUAUGAGCCCUUGGGAGAUUUUCAAGGUGUUUUUUUUCUGUGCUUUCUCAUUUUCCUGUUUAAAAGUGACAUUUCAUUUUCACUGUACGCUGCACAGCACCAAGGAACUGCAUUUCCUAUUUCCACUGCCUCACACAGUGCUUGGACAAAGUUUGGUCCUUCUGUUCCAUUCCAAGUCGCACACUGUCCAGUUCUCUCCAGGCCAUCAGGAUCCAAGACAGAAAUCUCAUUAAGCAAAGGGCCUCCAGCAAACUCUGCCACAGCCUCCAAGGGAAAGGGUGAAGACUGAUGCCAAAGUCCCCUGCAGAUCCUCAACCAUCCAGCACCAGAAGUCACCACUAGCCCAGCAGGCCAAGGCUGCAACUCUAUAUUCUGCCACCACCUCCGGUGGCAUCCCAUGGGAUUCACCACUGAUGCCAUCACACCAGUGAGACCUGAUGGUGCCUGCAAGGCCAGCUACCCUGCCAGGCCCAACUCUCCUCUCCUGUCCUGAAAAAGCUCUGCAGUACCAGCCAGAGGCCAGCAUGCUGCCCACAGCUCAUGUUUCCUCACUGUUGUGUCCUCAGGGAUACUUUUCUUUCCCCAUAACAGCCCCUUGCCUGAACUGCUAUCAAAUAAUCACACUGAUUUUGUACACAAUCCACAGCAUCUCCGGAGCGGUUUGACAGUGUCCAUAUUCUCAGCUCACAUCCAGAAUGUGAAAACAGCAGGUCUAUGCACAAACCUGGGAAGUUCUCAGGAAAGAUAAGCAAUUUGUCACAGCUACCUUGUCCCGUUCCUUGUCUUUCAGCUUUUCCAUGGCUCGUUUCAGCCCUUCUUCCAGCAGAUCCAUAAGACGUACUGUAUCCCCUGAACGAGUUUUGAACUUCUUCCUGAAAACACACAGUCAAAAUGUCCACCUGCGUAAGAAGCAAAAUACUCCCACAAAACAUGGGAAUAUCAGAGAACACCCACAGGGUGGCUGGGAGGGGUGACUAGGAAGGCUCCAACAGUCAAAACUGUCCCAGUUCCAGAUAUUAGGCAGGAUGCAAUACCAGUGCCAGACCCCUGCCCAGCCCAACAAGUAACUUUUAUAACAAAGCUAUAGCAAGAACAGCCAGUCCACAACGGCACGUCACCAUCAGAGCACACUGUUUUAGCCGCACCUUCACAGACACAAGAAUGACUCUGGAGCAUAAGGGCCUGGAUUACAGACCAGGACGCAGAGGUUAUUUUCCCAAUGUUCAUUUCAUCCACUGUGAGGCAGGUAGACAAUAAUGGAAAUCAUGGCCUUUACUGUUGCCCUCUCCCAGUAUUCACAUCAGCUUCCACUGCACUUCCACCAGCCGUUCCCAGUGCCCCUAACCAAAUACAGGCAGCAGAAGCCAGGCCCAAGAGAGAACCUGACCACAGCAUCAAUGACUAUGUGGAUCAAGGACCAUGACACGCAAUGAAAUGACACAGUUAGGAAUAACAGCAUGGACGCGGUGCUUUGGGGUUUUUUUUGGCAUGCCACAUACACAUACUUAUCAACAAACAAGAACAAGUCUUCUGUAUUCACUCAAUCAUCCUCUGCAGAGCACAUACAGAGGAAAAACUAUAUCCAAAGACUUACUUGUCUUCUCCCAGCACCACUCCGAACGCAGCAUGGGCCACUCUGGUUACUUUGGGAUCAUACCAACCGAUCAUCUGUCCAGCUGCAAACACUGUUUGUAGAUGCACUGACUGCAAGGAACAAAUAGCAACAAAUGGGUUUCUCAACCCACUCCUCCAGGUACAGCUUUCUUCCCAGCUUUAUCUUCUUCACAAUGCUGCUCUCACAAUGAGACUUAAAACGUCAUUCUAGCUCCUCAGAACAAUUCCACUUCAGAAAGUUCAACAUUUCAAAGAGCUUUCCUGGCUCACAGAAGCAGCAACCAGUAAAUUCCCAUCACUGCUGAGAUACAGAGCUGACAACCUUGCAUUUCCUCAGCUAAGGAGAGACAUAAGUAUAAGCAGUACAAAUCUCAUUCCAGACCUACUGAGACUUAGGCUUCACCCAUCUCCAGUGGUAACUGGCUCUCUUCCUAAUUAAUCAGUUUUAGAGGCUCUUCAUGGAGACCACCAGCCACCAAGCUAGAUUCACCACUACACUGAUAAGGACAAGAGCAAAUAUACCAUACUAAGAACCCUGUGGUGUUCUACCUAUGUUACUGUUGCAUCUGUCAUUUAACACACUUUCUGGUGAUCUGUACCAGCAGUGACAGCAGAGGUUGGCAUACUCACCUGGCCGCUAUCAACAACAUAAAUAAGGAUAUCAGCCUUCUCUUCGCACACCCUGUGUUUAAGAGCAGCUAAGUCAGACGUGUCGUACGUGUAACCUCCGUCCGACUUCAUGAUUGUCAAUGGGACAGGGAAACCUGGAACAAACACAAUCUUCCGGCCGUCAUCGACCUGGACAAAUCCUAGAAAAGCAAUGGAAAACAUUCUGUGUUGUACUGAAUGGGGAGGUUUGUGGGCCAGCACAGGCAGGAACACUUGCCUUCCGGGAUGCUACCAGAAAGAAAAGGCCAUGCACUCACGUUAUCAAGUAAUUAAUGGCUCAAAAUACAAAAAAACCUAAAUGAGAACUCCCUUGCCAACCAAGUCACUGCACUUCCAGAACUCAGACUGUGCACAAGGAAGCAGAUCUCUACAGAUCUGGCCUUACCAGAAGAGACCUAAUUGGAUUUAAAAACUUAUGUCAUCAGCAUCCAGAACCACCUUUACAGCCACAAAACCAGCAUCACAAAGUAUGGCAUUGAAGGCAACAGAAACUCUAUAGAGAUGCAAUGAUGACUUAACACAAAGUCUUUCAGAGAUAAGGCUAGUCAGAACACCUCAGAUGGUGUGAUUAAACAACUGCCAAAUCCAGACAGGAAGCACUUAAAACCAGAGACCUUUUAUGCUCCAUCUGGCUUCUUGCCAGUCUCAAAGUCAACGUGAUCCAAAAAUGCCUCUGUCUUCACAGAGACUUCUCAGAGGAAGUUCCCAUACAGGCACAACACUAAGACCAGGAAGUUUGUCAUAUAUCACUCCUUGACUAUUCACUAAGGUUACAAUAAAAUCCAGUAGUACCUCACGCUAUUGCCUACAAAUAUCACAGAUAAACUGCUUUUGGUGUCAACAAAGAAGAUUCAAGCUUUCUGGAAUGAAACAUGCAAGAAUCAAUUCUGCUAAUGCUCCUCUGUGAGGAAAUGCCACAGAAGAUCCACUCAGGAAAUGUGGCUGGGAGAAAGAGCAAGGGUGGGGAACACGCAACUUCAAAAACGUCAGUCUUAAGCCUUGCUCGAGAGGAGUGAGGUUACCUCACUCAUCCUGACAGCUGCAUAAUUUCUGAGUCUGAGACCAAAAGCCUCACCUUUAUCUUCAAAUUCUUUCACGAUGUCUUUCAUCAUCUCAUGGUAGAAUGAUUCCCCUCUCUCUAUGAGUGUGAUGUCCAAGCAGUUGUAGAUUUUCUGGAACUCUUGAGGAGAAAAAAAGAAUAAAAUACUUCCAUUAAAUGCACACAGUGGGAAUUAGCAGCAUGUUUACCAACAGGCACAGAAAGUCCCUAAAGGCAUUCUCCAUCUCUUGGUGAAGCCUUCAGACUAGGACUCAGGAGACAAAAGAUUUAGCUGCAAGCCUCCACAGACAGCCCAGUACUUUGGUUGUAUCAGCUUUUUUCUUUAAGCUUCUCGCAGCAGGGUGGCAGUGAUUUUCAAAAGAAAACUAGAGGAUGGACUCAGACAUAAAGGUGAAGAAAGCAACACUGUUCUACUGCUGAGACAUGUUUCCAUAUCCGGCAAAGUCACCUUUCCGCGACACAUCACAGAUCAGUUCCCACGCUUUAAUGAAGUCUGGGUUUUUGCUCUGCAGCAGCACCACACAUUGAUAGGCACGUUUCUUAAAUUCCUCCUCUGUGUCAAACCUCCUCUUGGAUUCCUAUGGUAAAACACACUACAUGAACAUGUACCUCUUCCUCCCCUGAAACAAGCUAACAUUCGUAACAGGUUCUCCAAGCAUAUGCACCUCAAAAGACAGAGAGGCAGCAUGCUUACAAAGUCCUUUAAUCGUGCCCCAUACCAACAACUCAAUAUCAGAUACUGCAAUUCAUUACCCAGUGGCAGGUUACUGUAAUAACCUAUUAACAGUGAUUCAAUUCUUGUUUCUCCAAAAUUACGCUGCAAUUUGUAAAGACCCUCAAUCUGCUUUUCAGAUGCUGACAUAAAUAUCACACUUAUUUGCUGCAAAUACCUUGUAAAAAGCUUGGAGAUCCCCAAUGGGAGGAGAAACAGUUAAGUAAUCCGGAAAUUUGUCUUGGAGGUGAGCAAUGAGCAUUCCAAACUGGGUGCCCCAAUCUCCUAAAUGGUUUAACCUUGAAGCAAAGAGCACAAUAGCAAUGAUUUCUCCAACAGUUUAAAAAUAUAUAUUCUAAAAGAAGAAACACACAUAUCAGAAACCAAACACAGGCAAGCCCCUGCCAGUUUCACUGCAAUAAAGUUGUGCCCGUCUUGAUUCCUAACCCUGCUACACUUGCUCAGCUUAGUUUCUUACUACCUAUAAAGUAUUAUUUGUUCUGAGCUUAUAAAAAAAGACCAAUACAUACCAAAUCACAGAGAUAGGCAUUGCAUAAAUUUAGUCAGACAAGCCCACCCCACCCAAAAGUCAACUCUCACCUCAGAACAUCAUAACCUGCAAAUUCGAACAGGCGACACAUGCUUUCUCCAAUGAUGGUAGACCGCAGGUGGCCAACAUGCAUCUCCUUUGCAAUGUUAGGGGAUGAAAAAUCCACCACCACCUUAGACACAGUAUCAAAGGAAAAAUUAAUAAAAGGCAGCAGUCAUUAGCACAUCUGAUGUGUUUAAUCCAGAUUUUGUUGGGGGCAGGGGGGAACAAAGCUUGCUAUCAUUGACCCUCACCCCCUCUUUGCUGCUGACAGCACACAGUAACAGGGAAGGCCCAGCAGGGACACCAGAGCAGGCUUCCAGCCUGGGGCCCAGCUGCACCCACCCAGCGGAGGGGCAGGGAUCGCUCCCAGACUGACCUUGGCACAACACGUCAUCCCCAGGCAGCCCUGUCCCUCACCUCACCAGAGACCACACCAGGUUACACAUGGCCUACCCCAUGGACCCCAGUCCCCAAGUCACAUCCCAUUUUCUCCGCUGUAACAACCAGCUGACAUGGACAUCUCCUCCAGAAAUCACUUUGGGGGGGAAUUUCAAAGCUACCUGCAGUCCAGCACGUUUCAUCUAUAUGGAAGCAGGAUGCCUACGUGCUUACUGCUGUACCUUUUUCCUUUUGCCAACAGCUGGUGGUUGAACUCCAUUCAUCAAUAAACUGCUCAGCUGCUUCGAUACAAAAUCCUUCCUCAAGUGGACAUUGAUAAAACCUUUAGAGGAGAAACUAGCAAUGAGUGCUGGGGAUGCAGAAGUGCCUCAAAGCACUUUUUGUUUCCUUCUCUCUUGGAUUUCUGUUUUCUCACACCAAGGACAAGAGCAUAUGAAGUUAGCUUGACAAACAAAAAAUUCCUUCAGCAACAGGACAACAAAGCCAGUUUCUGUUCCCAGAUUACAAAAGUCUGUUUCACACCAUUGUAGCCUUUACCACAGGAGUUAGAUUCUGCAAGCUAGUCUACUGACAUAACUCCUUUUUGCACACUGUCACUCAAAGGUGAAUUUAUAAAAGCAUUUUUAAAUGAGAAAAUAAAUGAUCUUGCCAGAUUUGCAGAAUGCAGAGCAAUAUCCUACUUUGUCUCCUUUUUUAGAACUAAUAUUCUAAAAGGUUGUUACACCUGGGAUAAUCAAUGCUUGUGGAAAAACACUGUUUUACUUCUCCCUCCUUCACAGAGCUAAUGAACAAACUUCUGCCCAAGCACUCAAAGGGCUGUGCCAUGUGAUUUUUGUGUUUAUGCUACAGCCCCAAGGAAUAUGAGCCCAUGUAUUUCUGUCUGGAUCCCAGGGACAAAACAGAUGCAGCAUUUAAUAACCACCUUGCUACUCCAGCAUCUCAGUGCUGAGAGGACAAGGCUCCUCACCAUGCAAGCAACAGCAAGAAGGACAUACCGACUUUUGCUGUGAUUUCAUGAUUUUGGCCUCAUACCCAUCACCAAUAUUCAAAGGGGAAAAGCUGGUCCUUUAAGGAUCAGUGGAAAAAUUGCUAAUUAAAGGGCUCAGGAUUGCUACCUGACUAAGAGAGGUAGAUUUUCUGCCACUGCACCAGUCUGAGGGCUACAAAGCUCACCAAGACAGAAGUUACUUCACCCCAUAACAGCAGUUUUAAAUCACAAAAUAGUUGAACUCAACUCUGCUUCCCUGAUCGCCAUCUAGUAUAAAAUCGCCCUAUCAGCUUUAAAACACACAAACCAUGUAACACGAAACUAUCUUACCAGGACCAGCAAUUUCGACCUUUUCGAUACAUUCAUUGGCAGGAAUAUUUUUUGAUAUUUUCUCAGCAAUUUCUCUUGGGCUAACCUUCUGUUCCUUGGUUUUGAGCAGUAUCUGAAACACAACAAAAAGAUCAAGUAAAAUUCAAUCCUCCAAAACAUUCUAGAGUGAAACAGAAAGCACAGAAACUGUGGCAUUGUAAGAUCCUUGCGAUCCUUUAGCUUCAUAAUGCAGAGACACACACAAAGCAAAACAUCUCUAACAAAUUUUUGCAGAUUAGAUCAACUCUUUCUACACAGCAGAAACGUAAUUAGACCCAACAUGUUCACUCCCUUCUGCUAAGGGCAACUCAAGGGUAGUCCCUAUGUCAGGAGAAAAUCUUCCAGGCCAUUUUUCAAAACCUGUUAAGUGGUUUGGCAAAUUUGUAUUUCUCUAAGCUAGCAAAAGAGACAAACUUUUUAAAAAUCAACAUAGCUGGCACAGUCCUUCACACUGCUUCAAAAUCCUGUUCAUCAGCCUCACGGGUAUCCUCAGCUCUGCCAGCAUCCAUAUUUGAAGUUUUGAACUGUGUCUACAGUAUGUGCUGAGUGUGGUUUCAGAACAAGUCUGCCGAUUUAUGAUUAAAAGCAACCAAAGCAAACUGCCUUCAGUUCUGCCUUAGACUCAAACUUAAUAAAUAAAUAAAUGAAUAAAUAAAUAAUCCCAAUACCGCCCAAUUUUCCUUGAAGAGCAUCAGAAAAACUGCUGGUAAAGUAGCUCUCCUUUUCUCCCCAGACAUAAAUGGCCCACUGUGAGGAACUCCAGCAACAUGAUGCAGGUUCACAUACAAAUCAGAACAGUUUGGGCUGGAAGCACCUUCAAAGAUCACCUAGUCCAUGAUUUCUCUGCCCAUUCCCAAAGCAUCUUCUCACAUAGCUUUUUGCAAAUCAGAAAAACACCCUUUAGGAGGAUUCUCUGAGCUAGCUGAACCCAUCCCUUGCAAAACACUACAUUCACACUGUGUAAAAUUACCACAACUAUUUGUUUUUGAGCACAUGAUUUUCCUUUCUUACUGUGACAUGUUUGAAAAUAAUCUAUUACCUCGUUCCCACCAAGGCCACAACAAAGAGCAGCUACCUCUUUGUCAAUUCAGAAUUUAUACUCACUUGCAAGUACUGCUUGUAUUUGCUAACUUGCAGUCUGCUGUAAAAUGUGGCUUCUUCUUAAGUUUCAUCUUCCUGUUUAACAUAUAUGGUUGAUCAUAACAGGAUCUUUACAAGAUGGUAAAGGCUUAGAAUGAGCAACAAAAGAAAACCUCCGUAGCCUUUAACGGUACUCAGAGUGCAGACUACAUGAAAAAUAAAUGCAAACCCAGAUUACAAGCAUGUUAUAGCAUGUUACACCAGAUUCCAGGCAUGUAUCUAAAUCAUUCCAGAAACAGCUGCCAUAUUCCUAUUACUCUAAGGAGCAAGCAGAGCUCCUGGCUCAAACCCCAGGCAUUAAUAUGCUAACGAGCUCCCAGGAAAACAAUAUGCAUUUGUGAGGGCUGUUUCUGCAUCAGUGCAUUGCAGGGAGAGGUUGCUGCCUGGCACGUACUAGUGCUGGCCGGGACUCAGGGCACUUCCUGCUCCUCUGGCAGCCUCGGGGAACAAGGCUCUACCGGGAGACAUGCACCGCAGUCAAGUCCCUAUAACCUGCUGCUCUCAGAGGGAGAUGACUGCACUGCAAUCCCUGGCUCUGCUGUGCUGAUAGGCUCUGAGUGUGCUGCAUGUGUGAGGACUGCCAAGCUCAGGGCCAGUUUACACUGUGUGGCUUUCCAGGGAACAAACUCUAUAGCCAAGCCCAGUCCCAGGAAACCUUAUUCACCAGUACAGCUGACAAUCUGGAACCUGAAACCCAGACACCGAGUUAUGUGAACAACGUUGACACUGAGAAGCCAGGACUGCUCGAGAAUCCCAACUGUGACUUAAUUGGGGUAAAGCAGCGGUCAAAAAAAAAUGGCAAAGCUCUGAAAGCCUGUGUGAGUGCAGUCACCCAGGGUGCUCCUCUGGCUGAAGCCCAGUCACAAUAUGCUAACAAGACCAAGGGAAGACGACAAGUAUUUGUGAGGGCUGUUUCCGCCUUGGCACUUUAGACGAAGAGCCUGCUGGCUGGCACGUAUUGACGUGGCCUGGGAGUCAAACUCAUUGCGACAGGACAACAGACAUAGUGGCUGCUGAUGGCAACUGGGGAGAGUAGAAUUCCACGUGUGCUGGUGCAAGUUUGAUGUCAAGAUUACCCGUCUAAUAGAUUAAAAUAAAGGUGAACUGACAAUGCAACACUUAAAAAAUAAAAAAUGUUGCUUCUGUUGAGACUGAAAAAUAAAAGAUUUGUAAUUAGAAA